AGUAUUUGUUUCAGACCAAAUCUUAGCUGUAAUACUAGUAUUUGUCUCCCUUCGAAAAAAAGAAAGAAGAAAUCUUCAAUUCGAGAAACUAGACCAAGGUUAUUCAGUUCUUGUUCGUCUUAGUUCUCGAAGGUGUGUUCUGUUUUCUUGGGUUAGUCCUUUUAUAUUUCUUCGUUUAUAGAAGUUAAGUCCUUGUCUUGUUCUUGUCUUUGUUUGCUUCAAUCUCUGUUUGAAGCUGUUCUGUUUUAUGUUCUAUAUGGUCUCAAGCUCAUGUGUUUGAUUCGAUUCCUUAAGUAUCGUGCUUCAGCCCCUUUUUAGUCCCAAAUAUGAAUCUCUCUUUGUUGAAGUUUCAGGUCUAUGAGGUUAACGGUUUCUCCUGAAAUGUUAAUUUGGUGCUUUAAUAUGUGAAGUAUUAGUCAAUUGAUACAUUUUUAGGGGCUUGAAUGUUUAAUCCCACUGCUCCAAUGUAAUUAGAAUUCUGCUUUGUUUGACUAAUAUGGUAGGAGCCUUGGACUUGAAUGUGUUUUAUAAUCUUAAAGUUGGAUCUUUUGGACAAAUAGUUGGAGGGAAUUGGUCUGAAGCAAUGCAGUUAUAUCAUCAUCCUUACUCAUUAGACAGCCAAAGAGUGAGACUAGCUUUGGAAGAGAAAGGCAUUGAUUACACAUCAUACCAUGUGAAUCCCAUCACAGGCAAGCACAUGGACCCUUCCUUCUUUAGGAUGAAUCCCAACGCUAAACUUCCCGUUUUCAGGAAUGGUUCUCACAUCAUUUUGGACACUAUUGAGAUCAUAGAGUACUUAGAGAGAAUAGCUGAGGUUUCCUCUGGUAUAGAGGAUGCUACUUUUGGCAGAGAAGUUCUUGAAUGGAUGCGGAAGAUUAGGGAAUGGGACUCCAAGCUUUUCACUCUUGCUCACAUACCGGAUAAUCGUCGCCUCUAUGUUUCCAAGUUCUUGAGGAUGGUUGUGAUUGCAAGGAUGGCUGAGUCUCCAGACUUAGCUAGUGCUUACCAUAGGAAGCUAAGGGAAGCGUACGAUACAGAAGACAAACUAAAAGACCCUGGGGCCUUAAGGAGAAGCAAAGACCAUUUGCUUAGGCUUCUAGAUGAGGUUGAAACAAAGCUAGAGGGGACAACGUAUUUGGCAGGGAAUGAGUUUAGUAUGGCUGAUGUAAUGCUAAUCCCGGUGCUAGCUCGGUUAUCGCUCUUGGAUUUGGAAGAGGAGUAUAUAAGUAGCAGGAAGAAUCUUGGUGAGUAUUGGGCUGUUGUGAGGAGGCGGCCAUGUUACAAGAGGGUAAUUGGAAGGUACUUCAAUGGCUGGAGAAAAUAUGCAACACUUGUAAAAACUUGGAUGUUUGUUAGAGUCAGAAGUUUGCUCAGAAAAUACUGAUUUGUCAAAAAUUUGGUUUUUUUUUUUUUUUUCCACUUUCAUUUUACAGGACAUUGCUUGUAAAGUCGAGAAAAAGCUUAUUGCCCA